AUGACUACUCUUGGGAAUUUAGAAACUAAAGUCACCCUGACUUCAACCCCAAUCAGAGGAGCAGGAGAUGGAAUGGAAACGGAGGAGCCGCCUAAGGCUGUUGAAGUCACCUCUGCAGUCCAGCCUGUGAAGCCCCACGUCCUUCCGAGUCCACGAAGGAAAACGGUCGCACCAGAGAGUCCGGGAGUCCUGCAGCUGGGCAAGAUUCUCACCGAGAAAGCAGUGGAAGUCGAGGCUGUAAGAAUAUUGGUUCCCAAAGCUGCUAUCACCCAUGUUGUCCCCAACAGAAAUGCCAAGGGUAAGCCUCUCGGACGUCAGAAAGGGGAGCUGUCUGGUCAGUCCGAGGGAGCGGCCGAGCCCCGGAAGGAACUCGCAGAGGUGAAGAGCAGCCUGGAGAAGCUCAGGAACUCGGAAAGGAGGCUGCUGCAGGACCGAGAGGGCCUUUCCAACCAGCUCCGCGUGCAGACGGAGGUCAAUCGCGAAUUAAAAAAGCUGCUGGUGGCUUCUGUUGGUGACGAUCUUCAGUAUCACUUUGAACGUCUAGCCCGUGAGAAAAAUCAGCUUAUUUUGGAAAAUGAAGCCCUAGGUCAGAACACAGCUCAGCUUGCCGAGCAGUUAGAACGAAUGUCAAUACAGUGUGAUGUGUGGCGUAGCAAAUUCCUCGCGAGCAGGGUUAUGGCAGAUGAGCUGACCAAUUCCAGGGCAGUUCUGCAGCGUCAGCACCGGGACGCGCAGGGUGCGCUCCAGGACCUGCUGAGUGAGCGGGAGCAGCUGCGCCAGGGAAUGAAAGCCACCCACACUUUGCUGGAGGAGCUGCUGGUCUCCCUGCAGUGGGGAAGAGAGCAGACUUACUAUCCUAGCGCCCAGCCGCAUAGCACAGCGGAACUAGCGUUAACCAAUCACAAGUUGGCAAAAGCGGUAAAUGCUCAUCUUCUGGGAAAUGUUGGAACUAACAGUCAAAAGAAGAGUCCACCAGCAGUUGAAUUCUGCAGCACCCCAGCGGAGAAAAUGGCUGAAACGGUGCUACACAUUUUGGACCCCACUACCAGUACAGAAAGCUCACCUGAUAAUCCGUUUUCUGAGUCUUCACCAACCACCUUACUUGCCACCAAGAAAAAUAUUGGGCGAUUUCAUCCCUACACCAGAUAUGAAAACAUCACCUUCAACUGCUGCAACCACUGCCAGGGAGAGCUUAUUGCCCUCUAA